AGAGAGUUUCAGAAAGUCUGCACCCAGGUCAAGAGGUCUAAAGUAAACAUAUCAUAUUAUCCCCAUGGAGUCUAAUUGUGCAGAUGGGGAGCAAGGCCACUAUGGGUUUGUGGGCUCUGAGUUCUGGCUCAGCUCUUUGAUGGCAUGAAGACAGUCUGGGGUCUAGAUGAAACUUCCCCUCCUCAGUCACUCCAUCUUCCUGCCUGGAUCCCUGCACCCUCGACACCAUGCCAAUAGCAUGCUGACCAACCGAUGCAACCUAUGGCCCUGGCGGCUUUCAGGGUUUUUUUUUUUUUUUUUUUUUUUUUUUUUGGAGCUGGGGACCGAAGCCAGGGCCUUGCGCUUCCUAGGCAAGCGCUCUACCACUGAGCUAAAUCCCCAGCCCUGGCUUUCGGGUUUUUAUGCCUAGAAAUGUCUUUGUUGUGAGAAGUCUACUUUCAGUUUCACAUUACUGGAAGUUCCUGUACUGCAUUGUUGAGUGUUCCCCUCCGUCCAGUUGGCUGGAUUCCUGUGAGGGCAGAGCAGCAGUUAGGGAUAAAUCUCAGAGCUCUGUGUACACAGUACAGCACACUUGGACUUCCAAGCAAAGACGGAUCUGUACAUGUAUGUGUGUACCUGCUGUGCCUGGUGCCGAGGGAAGCUCUUCGCCGGACUGGACUCUUCCACCGGAAAUCGCCUUUUCUCAAAGGAGCUGUGUCCUGUGCACUUACAGCCAUGGGUCAGUCUUCUUCUAAACCUGAUGCAAAGGCCCAUAAUAUGGCCUCCAGCUUUAAUGAGUUCUUCAAGAGUUUCAAAAUGGAAAGUAAAAUCCUUUCUGAGGAGACCAUCAAUUCAAUUCAGUCGUGUGUGCAAGAAGGAGACAUACAGAAGGGAAUUUCUAUAAUCAAUGCUGCCUUGGCAGACAUUGAGAAGGCCCCCCUGAACAUCGCAGUGACAGGGGAGACGGGGGCAGGAAAGUCCACUUUCAUUAAUGCCCUGAGGGGAGUAGGGCAUGAAGAGAGUGAGUCAGCUAAGAUUGGAGCAGUGGAGACAACCAUGGAUAAGUUCCCUAAGUUCCCUAACGUGACCAUCUGGGACCUCCCUGGGGUCGGGACAUGUAACUUCAAACCAGAAGAAUAUCUGAAGAAGCUGCGGUUCCAGGAGUAUGACUUCUUCCUUAUCAUCUCAGCUACUCGCUUUAGAGAGAAUGAUGCCCAGCUGGCCAAAGCAAUCAAAAAAAUGAAAAAGAACUUCUAUUUUGUUCGAACAAAAAUUGACAGUGAUUUGUGGAAUCAGAAGAAGUGUAAACCCAAGUCCUACAAUAAGGAAAAAAUCCUGGAGGAAAUUCGCAAAGACUGUGUGGAGAAGCUGCAGAACGCUCGGGUGGCCUCUGCUCGCGUCUUCUUAGUCUCCAGCGUUGAGGUAGCACAGUUUGACUUUCCUGAGCUGGAGUCCACCCUUUUGGAAGAGCUGCCAGCGCACAAGCGUCAUGUCUUCAUGCAGUGCCUCCCUAGCAUUACCGAGAGGGCUAUUGACCGCAGGAGAGAUGCCCUGAGACAGAAGAUCUGGUUGGAGGCUCUGAAGUAUGGCGCGUCGGCCACCAUCCCCAUGAUGUGUUUCUUCAAUGAUGACAUCGAGGAGCUUGAGAAGAUCCUGACCCACUACAGGGGUAGCUUUGGGCUGGAUGACGAGUCGCUGAAAAACAUGGCCAGUGAGUGGUCCAUGUCUGUGGAGGAGCUGAAGUCCUUCAUUAACUCACCCCAUUUGCUGUCAUGUGAGAUGAAUGAAUCUGUGUCAGACAAGAUGGUGAAAAUCAUGGAGAAAAUUUUUGCUGUCACUGGUGGACUCAUAGCCACUGGCCUUUACUUUAGAAAGAGUUACUACAUGCAAAAUUAUUUUCUUGACACAGUGUCCGAGGAUGCUAAAAUUCUACUUAAGAAAAAAGUCUUUUUGCAGGGCAGUGAGGACUCUGAGUAAGGCUCUAACGAUGGAGAGGAUGAGGCAGCUGGCCUGGGACUUAGGUGACUGUACUGUUUUCAGGACACUGGAGAGACGACUUAGGGUGUUCUGAAGCACCCUAGCCAGGCUGCGAUGUCUCUUAGGCUUUGUGACCCUUGGGAAAGUAGAGGUAUCAGAAUUAUGUCACAUGGUGGUAAUGUCACGCCCAGCAUGAGUCUUGGACAAUGUGCCAGUACAAACCUUCUGGGCACAGAGUUUCCAGAAAUGAUUUUGUUUUGUUUUUAGAUAGGAUUUUUCUAUAACUCUCCUGGAUCUUCUCCUCUUCAGAAGUAGAUCAGGCUGGCCUCGAACUCAGACAGAAAUUCUCCUGCCUCUUGAGUUCUGGGAUUAAAGGUAUACACUACCAUUCCUGGAAGAAAUGAUUAAACAAAAUGCAUAUCUCCACCAUGUGACUUGGCUUUGUGCCCCUCUGCUGAGAGCGCACCCCGGCUGACAGACAUCAUAGUUCCCUUUUAUGGCUGUCAUAUAUAUGGUUCACAUAACAGAGUGUAACAGAAAACAAAGAGGAGCCAUCGCCUGAGUCUCAGUGUGUGCGGCAUUUCUGCAGAGGUGUCAUUACACAAGACAAGGACGCAGUCUGAGGUUUGCACACUUGAGAGUCCUCACUUGUUAACAGAGGACGCUUCGUGCAAGAAUCAUGAGGUUAGGAAAUUAGAGGAAAGGCACUAGUGAUCCAAGAGGAGACCCCCAAAAUACAGAAGUGUCUUUUUUUUUUUUUUUUGGUUCUUUUUUUCGGAGCUGGGGACUGAACCAAAGGCCUUGCGCUUGCUAGGCAAGCGCUCUACCACUGAGCUAAAUCCCCAACCCCCAGAAGUGUCUUAAUCAUGCACAAAGAUACUCAGUCUCUCAUCCAGAGGCUGAAAUGUAAAUUAGCAGCUGUGCUACUUUGAGGAAGUUGAAUUUGCAAGUGAGAUUGUAGAUAAGCAAUUUCUGUGGUGCGUUGUUGCGGUCAACACAAAAAUCGUGACACAGCCCGUGGUGUGGGCAGUGGUAUGACCUCUGUGGAAAUUACACACGCAGUUACUCUUUGACUCUCUUUAAACAUGGCGAAACAGUGCAAACAGGUAUACUGUGUUUUGGGUUAUUAACUGUGAGACUUUAAGGUUGAUUGCAUCUAGGGAUUGGAGAGAUGACUCAGAGGUUUAAGAGCACAUACUAUCCUCUUGUAGGACUAGAGUUUCGUUCCCAGCACCAUUGCCAGCCAGCUCACAAUCUCCUGUAACUCCAGCUCCAGGGCAAUCUGAUGCCCUCUUCUGGCUACCAAGAACACCUGCACUCACAAGCACAUACACACAGAGACACACAAUUCAACGUGAAAGCAACUCCUUCAGAAACAUGGACAAGCCUAUAAACAAUUCGAAUGUUCCUUGAUAGGGGGUGGAGCACCCAGGCUGCUGCCUGACAACCAGACAGAAGAUGAGGGAUAGCACCUACGUCUCUGUAGUCUCCUUUUUAGAUGCAGAGCCCUAGAUGUAGACUCAGUGUGCGCCGUGAGCCACUGCUAAUCUAUGUAAGUUCAAGAGUAAAGGACAUUUUGGUACAUAUCCUAAGGAAUGCAAUUCGAUUAUUUUUAGGUAGAGUUGUAGGGCUGCACAGAGGAGUAGAACAAACAGUAGAUUUUACUGAAUAUGCGGCACAACUGGGGCUGUGCCAAGGGAAGUGGGACACAGCUUGAGACUGUUUCUGCUGAACAAAUGAACACGGGACUGAUUUGAGAUCCAUGUGUGUGACAAGUGUGGGGGAAACCAAAAUGUUAGAUAAAACCAACAAUGCCAUAGUAAAACUAAGAUGGCAUGGCUAACUCUGAAGUACAGUGAGGAAACCGCGAGAGGAAAUCAGUGCACCGCUCACUGUCAUCGAAGUGUUUGGCUUGCCUUACUUGUAUAGAUUAUACAGUAAAAUAAAGGUUGAAGGGAGGGGCUAGGGAGAUGGCUCAGUGGUUAAGAGCACUGGUUGCUCUUCCAGAGGUCCUGAGCUCAAUUCCCAGCAACCACAGGGUGGCUCACAACCAUCUGUAAUGGGAUCUGAUGACCUCUUCUGGUGUGCAGGGGUAUAUGCAGCUAGAGCAUUCAUAAACAUAAAAUUAAAAAAAAUUUAAAGUUGAAAAUUUCUCUCUUUCCUUUUGUCUGUCUGUCUGUCUAUCUGUCUGUCUUUCUUUCCUUUCUUUUCUUUUUUUGAGACAGGGUCUCACUGUGUAGACUUGGCUGUCCUGGAACUCCUCGAACUCACAGGCCUGUGUCUGCCUCCUGAGUGCUGGGAUUAAAGCUGCCACUACCCUGACAAAGGGAGGUUUUACCUUGUAUGAAAUUUCCGUCAAUAAUUUGGACUGUACAGACCCCCGAAGGGGAAAAAUAAAAAAAGAAAUUAAAAAGGAGGCCAUGACUGCUCCUAGGUAUGGCAGAGGAGAAGGUUUAUUGUAGACAUGACAGAGAGCAGAGCCAGAAAGGGACAUCUAGGAGAGUCCAGAGUGAACAUGACCCUGAGCUGGACCAUGUGAGGACAGUGGGGAGGGGAGAGAGGAGAGUUAGGAGACCAGGAGACCAAAAGGCCAGGAGGGUAAAGGAUAGACAAAAAGACUGGAUUACCAGUUGUUUUUAUAUAGGGAAGGGCAGUUAUACCAUGACGCAGGUGUGGACUGAGGGAUGCUGGGAGAACCUGGCAGCCAGGUUCACUUUGACUUGUUAAAUAGGUACUUCACUUAGUUAGCCAUUGGUCCCAGGUUUGAGACCUUCUCCCCACCCCCACCCAUGCACUGUUUGUUCAAUGUAAAUCAUUUGGGUUCAUGACUCUCUCUAUAUAUAUUUUCCAUAGCUAAUCACAAAUACUGUCUUUCAAGGUCUAGAUGACCCCACCCCUGAUGAACCCUAGCCCAGAGGACCACACCCUUAAGGAUUCAGCCAAUGAUAACUUUGCAGAAGGAAAGACACAAUUAAAAUAUUAGCACUUUGCAGAGCUUAAAGAACAAACUUAGAUGUGUAUCCACCAAACCCUGUAUUUUUUUUAAAAUUUUUUUCUGAUGUCAACUAUGUCUCAAUAAAGUUCAAGAAAAUGGAAA